GCUGGAGGAGCUGGCCCAGCACAGCCAUGUCCCCAGCCAUGUCCCCAUGUCCCCAUGUCCCCGUGUCCCCAGCCAUGGCCGAGUACCGCAGUCUGCUGGAGGAGCUGGCCCAGAACAUCACGGCCGAGGACCUGGAGCAGCUCAAGUCCGCGUGUCGCGAGGACAUCCCCAGCGGCGAGGGGGACGCCAUCGCCACCGGCCACCACUGGUUCGCCUUCCUGGAGCGCCACAGCAAGCUGGACCGAGGUGUGACCCGGGGACACCCCGUGCCACCGGCACUGUCCCCUCCCCGCGCCCCGGGGCUGCUCCAGCUCUGGGCGGGUCCCCAUCCCGGUCCCCUGAGCUCUGUCCCUGUCACCUGAGCUCUGUCCCUGUCACCUGAGCCCAGUCCCUGUCCCAGUCCCUGUCACCUGAGCCCUGUGCCA